AUGUGCAUGAACAUUGCUUCCGAUAGUGAUAAGCAGAAAGAUCUAGAAGCUCAAUUAGCGAAACAUCAUGAAGAAUCAGAAGCCGCAAUUGCAGCGAAACGUAAUGACAAGGAGAUUGCAUCUCGCGAUCCAUCAAAAGACGUCUACGCCUUUGACUUGCAACAGUGCCUACCUACUCCUGAUAUUCAGACAUCGAUCGCCUUUUACAAAAGGCAAUUGUGGACAUAUAAUCUUACCCUCCACAGGUGCAAUGAUCCGCAAGCCUUUUGUUUUAUGUGGCACGAGGGUUUAGCAGCAAGAGGAGGGAAUCAGAUCGCCUCUCGCUUGUUUAAACACAUUAAAGAGAUCCCCCUGACACAGUAA